UAAUGUAGUAAUUAUUGAUAUAAAAGUUUAUAUAUACCAUAUGCUGUAUAUAAAAUAAAAAUAGUUAUUGAUUACUAUUAAUGAUAUGAAAGAGAAAGAGAGAGAGGAAUAGAGUUAAAGGAUUGCUAUAAUUAAUAGGAAAGUCAUAUAAAUGUAAUCCAAGAAACCAAAAAAUGCCUGAAUCGAUACUAUUUACUACUAUUACUAUUGGAUUAACUUUUUUGCUCAGUUAUAUAACAUACAGAAUAUUCUGUUUUUAUAAACGCUAUUUCCUGUACCCUAAAGGUCCGAUACCUUUGCCAUUAAUUGGAAACAUUUUAUUAUUUAGAGGACAUAAAUUGCAUCCAUUGGAAAGUUUUCAAGAAAUUCGUAAAAAGUAUGGACCGAUUUAUACAUUUUAUAUGGGAAGCGAUCCCUAUGUUAUUAUAUUUGAUCUGAAAAUUGCAAAAGACUUGUUUAGUAAAAGCUGUUUUUCAGGUCGACAAAUAUCAUUGAUAGGUAGUUUCAUAUGUAGUGACAAUGCAAACGAUAUUAUAUUUUGCGAUUACAGUGAAAAUUGGCACUCAUUAAGGACUGUCUUCAAGUUGGCUGUCCGUAAAUAUGCGUCAACUCAACAAUUAGCUCAAACCAUUAGCCAAGUGGUAGACAACACCGUCAAAGAUAGUAUAAUCAAUGAAUCGGUUGGCCAACCAUUUGACCCAAAAGAUUGUAUUGAAAUUAUCUUCUAUUGUGUGGUACUAUCCAUAGCUUUUGGUAAAAUAUUUACAUCCAAAGACCAGGAGUAUCAACGACUUCAUGAGAUAACUGACCGGUUCUUUCAAUUGGGCGAUAAGUUGGCACUCAUCGAGUUUGUACCGAUAUUACGGUUACCAUUGUAUAGAUAUGUCCAGAAAUUUCAUGGAGUGAUCAACGAUUAUAAGAAACUUAUUGCCGACAAAUUGGAUGAACACAUCCAAACCUAUGACAAUAGGAAAGGGAUCCGCGAUUUUUGUGACGCUAUGAUCGCAGCAAAAUUAGAGGCUAUCGAUAGCAACAAAGAGUCGGCCCCAUAUUUGACUGACCAGAAUAUAGCACUGGCCAUGUGGGACAUAUUUGUAACGGCCACCGAUGACACCCAAUUUUCGUUUCACUGGAUGCUUAUACUACUGGCCAACUAUCCCGAUGUUCAGCAACAAAUACGAGAUGAAAUUAACCAAAAAAUAGGCCAUAAAGUUGCCAUUCAGGAGGACAUUGAUGAAUGCCAUUACAUUAAUGCCUUUAUAUCGGAAACGUUGCGCUUCAGAUGCGCCAAUCCGUUAGGUGUUCCCCAUAAAACAAUGGCUAACACUGAGAUCGAUGGAUUGUCGAUACCGGCUCAGACAACAGUGAUUGUACACCAAUACUCUAUACUGACUGAUCCAAAGUACUGGUCAGACCCGCUUGUGUUCAGACCCGAACGAUUCAUGGAAAACGGCCGAUAUGUGUCUACCCGACCGCAAGCCUACAUACCAUUUGGUGUCGGCCGACGCAAAUGUUUGGGCGACCGACUGGCCCUAAACGAACUGUUUCUCAUAUUAGUCCAGUUUAUGCAAUCAACUAAUGAUUAUGAUAUCAUACUGCCUGCCGGUCCAGAAACUGCUGAUCUAAAGCCAAACCCGGAUCAAGUGGUUUUGUUUUGUACACCAAAACCCUAUAAAAUUGCGCUCAAAAAACAUGACAAAUAAAAUUACAUUUAUUAUUAUUA